CAGUUUUUUUUCGGUAGAAUUUUUUUAAGACUCUGUUAUAUAUUUCUGACUUGUUUUUGCUUUAUAAUCAGGUUUGUUGUGUGUGCACCUGCAUUUGCUAUAGAUAAGCAAGCUCUUGAUGGAUACCGCUGGGAGAAGCGUCCUACGUUUGCUAGAGUAAAUGCUGCACAUCAGACUUGUUAUGUGAAUCAGGCAACGCAAGAUGGCAACAGUCAGCCCAUAAUAGAUCAGGCAGGGGCAGAUGAAGAUGGCAACACUAUGGAUCUGGCAGGGGCGGAUGAAGAAGAAGAUGACAACAGUAUGGAUCAGACAGGGGCGGAUGAAGAAGAGAGUGUACCUUCCAAAAGUCUUACCAAAACCGUUAGCAGUACAAUGGAUCAAGAGAAUUUACCUGGCAACAGUCAGCCCCGUUCAGGCAGGGAAUGAAGAUAGCAGUACAAUGGACAGGCAGGGAAUCAAGAAAAACAGACAGCCCGUUCAGGUGGCUCCGCCCAUGGCUGAUCGUCAUCAGUCUGCCAAUGCCAAUCAAAAUGGAGAGCGACUCUCUGAUCGUCUAUCUUCUUAUCGUCCACCUUCUGUUGUUGAUGAUCAUCGGCAGGGCACUCGUAGCCACCGUAAUCGAAAUCCCCCACCUCCUGCAAGGCGCUGUUGCAAAGGUUGUAAGUGCCAGGAUGCAAGCUGCAAGUGUUCGAAAUUCUCUCUUCCGACUGCUCGAGUAUGUAUAGUUUUUGCCCCUUGUAUUUUUUCUAUUUUUUUGAACAUAUGUAUUGUUUAUUUUUCUAACUAUUGGUCUAUUGUUAAUUUUUCUAACUAUUGAUCUUUUUAUGCAGCAGCGAGCUAGGAGUUUAUGAGAUCUUUAAUUGAUGUGGUUCCACAUUCAGAGCCAAUUUAUUUAGAUGGAUA